CGUUCAAGCACAAAUACAAACGCCUUCGACAUGACUACAGAGCGCGAGUAAAUUGAUUAAUUUUCCACACUCUAUCGAUCAGUCAAAUCUCGGUCGGCAAAUUGAGGAGCUCGCUCAUUUCUAGUGCCACGACAAAAGUGAAAGUACCACCAUGUCUCAGGUCAAUCUUCAGCAGUUUGUAAAGAAUGGACGGAAGAUUAUUGGAGCUGUUCUCAAUUACAAGGACUGCAUCACAGACAAUGCCCCCGAGGCUCCAAUUUUACUCCUAAAGAGCCUCUCGUCGUACGUGGAGGAAGGAAAUCCCAUUCGACUGCCCAGAGUCUUCACAAAAGUCUACCAUGAGGUUGAAUUGGGUGUUGUGAUUGGGCAAAAGUGCAAGAAUGUGUCAAUUGAGGAGGCGAACAAGUACAUCGGUGGCUACUGCCUAGCCCUGGACAUGACGGGCAUGUGCUUCGUUGGUAAAGCACGAGAAAAAGCCCUACCCUGGGAUCUGGGAAAGGGCUUUGAUACAGCAACUCCAGUUAGUCGCUUCAUAUCACCCCAGGAACUCCCUGAUCCCAAUGAUAUUCGUCUCUGGCUGAAAGUCAAUGGGGAAAUGCGACAAGAUAAAUCUUCCAGCUUCAUGCACUUCAAAAUCCCAGAACUCAUCUCGUAUGCCUCCAAAUUCAUGACCCUGGAGCCUAAUGAUGUGAUUCUCACGGGAACUCCCGCCGGAGCGGCACCAGUAAAGCACGGAGAUGUCAUUGAGUGUGGUAUUGGGAACAUUCUUCAGCUUAAAUUCCCCGUUCAGGAUGAUGAUUAGGACACAAAAAACAUUUCUCCAGGGAGCAGGGAAAAAUAUCUGCCUUUGUAAAUUACAAAUAAAAAUUAUAUUUUUGUUACAAAA